GCCAUUUUGUCAAGAAGAGUAGAAGAGCAGGAGAAACAUUGCCUAAAAGCUUGGCCUAACGCUAUUUUUUGCAUCGUAGUUAAAGGAUCCGGAAGCUUUAAGACAACCAUGAAUCCUUUAACAAACGUAAAAAACAUUCAGAAAAUGAAUGAAAGGAUGUUGGAGAUGGGUGUGGAGGAUAGCCAAGCAUGGCACAAGCAGUACAAAGAUAGUGCUUAUGUCUUCAUAGGUAUGGGGAAAUUGUAAACAUAAAUCUGGUGAGAGACAAGAAAACUGGAAAAUCAAAAGGAUAUUGUUUCCUUUGUUAUGAAGACCAGCGAAGCACAAUAUUGGCUGUGGACAACUUCAAUGGAAUCAAGCUUGGUGGCAGAAUAAUCAGAGUGGAUCACUGUUCAAACUAUCGAAGACCAUUGAGUGAUGAAAAGGAUGAACAUGGAAAAAGAAAGGAGAUCAUUGAGGAAGGCUGUGCCCCUAAAACACCUUCACCAUCACCACCAGUCUCAGAAGAUGAGGACAUCCUUGAACUACCAAAGAAAAGAAAGAAAGAGAAAAAAACAAAGAAAGAAAAGAAACACAAAGAAGACAAAUGGCCAAAGAAAAAGAAAAUGAUGUCCAGCUCAGUGGAAGAGGAUCUUAAAGGACCUAAAAGUAGAAAGAGGCGUGGGUCCGAAGAUGACAAUAGGGAUAUGCUUGACCAAGAUUUGCUUCGUGACCGUGAUUUGCGGAAUGUGGAAGCGAGCGUUAUGCGUGACAGUGGACGUGAUCGUGAUUUUGGAGACCAUCACGUAUACAAACAGGAUAGAGAUUCAAAGGAUAAGAACUACCAUGAUGUGCACCGCAGUGAUCGUAAGCACGAGCGAGAACUUAAUGAACGCGAUCGCGAAACACGCAAACGUGAAAGUGAUAUUCGUGAGCGUCACCGUGAAGCACAGAAACACGAAUUCCGUGACAAUCACAUCUCCAACAACCGUAGGGAGCAAAGAGACAAAGACUUUCAUCACUCAUCGCGUGAUAAUAGAAUGCGUGAGGUAGACGAAAGAAAAAGAGACCGGUUCGACAGGAGAGGAGACCACCGAGAGGAAGGCACGAAGCCUGAAAGACGCGAUAGAAGUAACUUCGGUGAUCGACGGGAAAGAAGAUGACGCGAUGACUCAUUGAAGGUUUGAAGGCAAUACCAAACCAAACUGUUGCUUCAAAACUUUAUUGUAAUAAAAUAUUAAUUUGCAUUUAAUAAAGGACUUUUUGGAUGACUGAAAA